AUGGUAACUAGCAGCAGCAGCGAUGACGAAGAUCCCGACCCGCCCGUCACCAGAUCUAGGGCGUCGAACAAGGGCGACAAUACUACUGCUCCCAGCCCGCCGACGAAGGACUCCGGAAGGGCUUCUAGGUUCGCGUCUCAUGUUGUGGAAAAGGCGAAGGAGCCCGUGCCGGACAACAUGGUGGCCGCUAUCGCCCGGAAUUAUAUGAAGGCAUCUUACAGCAACGUGAUGCUCAUGAAUCACCGCGGUGUCGGAUGCGAGGUGGAUAAGGACGACUUCAUGUCCAUCGAGGACGAUCAGUGGAUUACAGAUGGGGUUAUCGACUUCCACAACGUGCUGCUUAGCAUCAGGAAACCAACGCUCCGCAACGGGAAGACAUGGGCCGCCAUGGACUGCAGGGCUUACACACAGACGAAUGCGUGUGGAGCGCCGUUGACUCUUGGGAACGGGCGGCCGCUUGUGGAACACGAUUAUCUGGCGAUCCCGGUGCUAGAAUCUGAGCACUAUUCGCUCGUCAUCGCUAUAAAUCCAUCGGUGCUCACCAAGUCGCCGAAAUCGAAGGGAAAAGAGCGCUUGACGUUGGUCUUGAUGGACAGCGCGAUCAAGAAUCGGAACAGCCGCAAGAUUUUUGCAGGAACAAAGCUUGUGCUGUCUGAGCUCGCAAAGGCGAGCAACCCAAGCGCGAACAUGGAGUUUGUGGACAAGACGCUGAAGGAGGCGGACUGCAUAAUUUUACGGGAGGAUAAGCUGCCACAGCAGCCUAACAAGGAGGACUGUGGGAUUUUUGUUUGCCAGUACCUCAAGACCCUGGUGAAUACCGACUUCGCCACGGUUCUUUCGGGCCUCUGGUUCCAGGGUGUGACACCGCACCAAUACAGACGGGAGAUGCGGCGCGACCUGUGUGCACACGCGAGCGGCGCUCUUUUGAAACAGCUGCAGGACCUGGGAAUUGAGAUCCCCCCGCAGGACGAAGGCCGGGUUACCGAUGAGGGUACAGUGGUGCAGGUGAAGAACGCUGCUGUGGGAGAUGGGAGGCCGGCACCGGUCACUCGCCCUGUGGAGGACGCACGGGUUACGGAGGUGAUGAGGCGUGUAGCCUCAUUGACGAACGAUGUGAGGUACCUGAACGCCAGCUUCACCGUGAUCGCCAACUUUGUGGGACUGAGGCGGGACGAGGUCGUGUCCGCUGCAACCCAACUGCUGCUGCAAGGCGGUCUCGCGGGUACCGGCACGAAUGCAGAGGCGGGUGGCAACAAGACUGCGCCACGCACACCACAGCGUCCGUCUGCCCGUAAGAGGCGGGAUGACAGCAGUCCUGAGGAGGAUGGCGUACGCAACGGCACCCGGGUAGCGCUGGCCUCCACGUUCGCUGCAUGUGAGCCGACAUCGAGCCUGCUGCCGAACCCGCUGCUCUCCCACGGUGCCAUACCUCACUGGAUGUUCACGCGCGGGAGGCAGCUGCUCGGGACGGGUGUGCCAGCUGGAGAUUACGCGUGGGGAGACAAGCUCGGACAGGAGACGGUGAAGGGCGAAGAGGAGGAGGAUCUCGUGUCAGACUCAGACGACGAUGGCGAGGACGAGGAUACGUGUGCAACCACGUACACGGGUGUGAAGCUGGACAAACGGACUGGCAAGUUCGGCGUCAAGAUCUUGAUCAAAGAACGUGGAAAGCGUAAGCAGCAGCGCCUGGGAGCGUACACGACGGAGGAAGAGGCGGCAUUCGCGUACGCCGCAGGUGCGUUCGUGCUGAGGCCACGCGACAGGAUAUCCAACACAGUCACCCUGUCAGCAGCCGAGAAGGCGAUGCUGCGUGGAUGCACCAAAGAAGAUUUGCAGAUACUGGUGGAAGCGAGGAAGUGGUGGAGGUGGCGGAGCUGGCGUGAGGCGCUGGAGAGCGUGAGCAGCAGGCUGAAACGAGGGAGGAAGCGUGGGGGUGACACAGGUACAUCAAAGAGGCCCAGGAUGGUGGAUAACAACGACACGGCAACCAACGAACUGGCGGCCCCGGAGAAUGCUGAGAGUGGGGGGACGGCCCCCUUGAGCAACGGGCACGGCGGAGGUGCAAAGGAAAAUGACCAGGAAGAGCGACAGGGAGACAGUGGUGCACACGAGAAGACGGCAGCCACGGCGGCAUAG